GGUAUUAGAUCCUCACUCCCAAUAUCCUAACGUGUGGCUGUACGAAUACCUCCUUAUCUCCCAACUCUUGUGGUCAUCAGUUGCCCGCACGCCCUUCUCCAAUCAUCCCUUCAUCUUUUCCUAUACCUCCACCCCCACAAAGCCGACACCCACCACUCGUCACUCACACUGAAACUGCUCCCCAUGGCUUCUUCAGCUGCGCUGUCCCCAGCCAUCACCCCUUCUCAGCUGUGCUCUGGGAAGAAUGGGAUGAACCCAUCUUCACACGUGGCGCUCUCAAAGUGCUUGAAGAAUGGAAGAAUAAGUAGAUGGGAUGAUCGGGUGCCUGAUAUGGGAAAGAGGCAGCUCAUGAAUUUGCUGCUUCUUGGUGCUAUUGCUCUGCCUUCUGGUGGAAUGCUGCUGCCCUAUACUUACUUCUUUGUUCCACCUGGUGGCCGAGGGACUGGUGGUGGUACCGUUGCCAAGGAUGCAUUAGGCAAUGAUGUUAUUGCAGCGGAAUGGCUCAAAAACCAUGGACCUGGCGAUCGGACACUUACACAGGGGCUGAAGGGUGAUCCCACUUACCUCGUUGUGGAGAGCGACAGAACACUUGCAACGUACGGUAUCAACGCCGUCUGCACCCACCUUGGUUGUGUCGUGCCGUGGAAUGCUGCUGAGAACAAGUUCAUCUGCCCUUGCCAUGGAUCCCAAUACAACAAUCAAGGAAGAGUUGUUAGAGGACCUGCUCCGUUGUCCUUGGCCUUGGCUCAUGCUGAUGUGGAUGACGGGAAGGUAGUGUUCGUUCCAUGGGUUGAAACUGAUUUUAGGACAGGUGAAAAUCCAUGGUGGGCGUAAACCUGUCGAUACUUUUGCCGUAUAGUGUAUCAUAUGGUUUGUAUGGAUUAUAUCCCUCAAGAGAAACUUGAAGCUGCAAGUGUUUUUACUUAUCCAGAUUCAUUUUGUCUGAUACAAAUUUAUGUAAAUGAUACCAAAUUUAUGGAAGUCGAAGGCAUGGUUAAAGUCUUGAAA